UACUAUGGUAUAAACAUGAAUUAACAUCAAACUAUUGUGAUAAGGAUAACCUCAUAGAUUAUACACUUAUAAACUGGGAUAACCUUUACCUUCAUAGGGAAAACUAACAACUAUCGUAGAUACAGUAUCAUUCAUCGGUAUUCAAAAUCGUCGAAACUAUCAACUAUACCUAUUUCGAUUUAAGUAAUUGUCAAUAAAUUUAAAUAUCAAAUUUUUCUACUGUACCAAAAUCUUUAAAUAUUGUUAUUAAAAAGCACUAUUAAGAUGAGUCGCCACUUAAAAGCUUUAAUUGGACCAAGCAUUCUUAAUGCUGAUCUAUCCUGUUUAUAUGAAGAAUCUCAAAAGUUACUAGAUAAUGGUGCAGAUUACUUACAUUUAGACGUAAUGGAUGGGCAAUUUGUUCCAAAUCUAACAUUUGGUCAUCCAGUAGUAAAGUGCCUUCGCAACAAAAUUAAAAAUGCUUUUUUCGAAACCCAUAUGAUGGUAUCAAGUCCAGAGCAGUGGAUAGUACCUAUGGCCAAUGCCGGAGUAAACCAAUAUACAUUUCAUAUUGAACCAGUGAGAAAUGUUGAAGAUGUGUGCAGAAAGAUAAAAGAAAAUGGAAUGAAGGUUGGAGUUGCAAUCAAACCGGGUACAAGUGUGCAAAUAGUAGAAAAAUAUAUUUCUAUAUCAGAUAUGGUGUUGAUAAUGACAGUAGAGCCUGGAUUUGGUGGACAAAAGUUUAUGGUGGAUCAAAUGGAAAAAGUAAAAUACCUUAGGGAACAUUACCCCUUGUUGGAUAUUGAAGUUGAUGGUGGAGUUGGACCUUCCACUAUCAGUUGUUGUGCUGAUGCUGGUGCUAAUAUGAUAGUAUCUGGUACAGCUGUGAUAGGAGCACAAGAUCAAGCUUCAACAAUUAAAUUAUUACGAGAAACAGUUCAACAAGCUAUUGAGAAAAAACAUUUAACCUACUGAAAUGACAAUUUUGUAGUUUAAGGGUUACUUGUUCAUAAAAAAUGUAACUGGUCUUCCAAACACUUUUUACUUUUGUAAAAAUAAAACAAUGGCAUGGA